AUGACCACUCAAGCAGUAUUCAAAGGAUGGAAAGGCAAUGACGAAAAAGCCGUCGAUGGUAAUUUGGUAUUCGAAGAAUUCGAACCAAAGCAAUGGGACGAAGAUGAUGUAGAAAUGAAAAUCCUAUAUUGUGGAAUAUGUGGUACAGAUGCAGCUGCACUUUCGGGUAAUUUCCUUCCGAUCGAAUCACCUCAAAUCUGUGGACAUGAGAUCGUCGGUGAGGUGGUCAGAGUUGGAAAUCAAGUUGAAAACGGUGUAAAAGUUGGGUCACUCGUUGGGGUUGGUUAUCAAUCUGAUUCAUGUAGGGAAUGUACUGAAUGUAAAUCUAAGAAUGAACAUUAUUGUCCCAAUCAAACAGUCACUUUCAAUUCUCCUUAUCAUCGAGGUCAUGGUAAAGACAAUCAAUCCAAAGGUGGAUUUGCCAAAUACUGGAGAGGUCCAUCUCGUUUCACCAUCCCUUUACCUGAAGGUCUUUCACCUGAAGUUGCCGGACCAUUGAUGUGUGGUGGAGUGACCGUGUUCACACCUUUGGAAAGAUUUGGUAUCGCCGAUGCUACUGAACCGAAAAACGUCGGUGUCAUAGGUGUGGGUGGUCUGGGUCAUAUGGGUAUAUUAUUUGCCAAAGCAAUGGGAGCAAAUGUUACUGCCAUCUCAAGAUCCAACAGCAAAAAGGAUGAUGCCAUGAAACUCGGUGUAGAUGAUUACAUUGCUACUGGUGAAAACCUUAAAGACGCUUUUGCAUCUUACAAUAGACAUUUCGACUUGGUUAUUGUCACCAGUAAUCCGCCCGAGUUCCCCAUCAAUGAUUAUGUUUCCAUCCUCAAGCCCAAAGGUGCAAUCUGUUUCGUCGGAAUCGUACCUAAACCACUUGAAUUAGGAACGAUCUCACUUAUCUCAAGUAAUAUUGUUGUGACAGGGUCAAAUAUUGGGUCACCAGAAGGAAUCGCAAGAAUGCUAAAAUUCGCUGCUGAAAAGAAAGUGUCACCUUGGAUUCAGAAAUGGAACAUGGAUGACAUCAACAAAGCCAUGUUGGAAUUCCAAAAAGGUAAUCCUAGAUACAGAUAUGUGCUUGUGAAUACCGAUAAUGGUGGAAAGCUUUAG